AUGGAGGUGUCCAAGGUGCGCAACGAGUAUUCACUGUCGCAGUUCAAGGUGGAGGGCUUGCUGGGCUCCGGUGCUUACGGAGUGGUUCAGAAAUGCGUCAACACGGAGACGGGCCAGGUCUUUGCGAUGAAAAUCAUCGAAAAGAACAAGGUCAUUGAGAAGAGUAUGGAGGAGCAGGUGAAACGUGAGGUGCUCACCCAACUCAAGGUGAAGCACCGGAAUCUGGUGAGGCUGCACUACUAUUUCGAGGACAGCUCUCAGAUCUACUGCUUGCUGGAGUACGCGGACCGGGGUCAGCUUUUCGCCUACCUGAAAACCACCGGGGCGCAGCCGGAGCCCAUGGCUGCACGCUUCUUCCUGGAUACAGGUUCCGGGGUGGCGUAUCUGCACCAGCUGCGCGUCGCCCAUCGGGACCUCAAGCCCGAGAACGUCUUGCUCUUCGGGGAGGAGCUGACCGCCAAGGUGGGCGACUUCGGGUGGUGCGCAGAGGUUGCUUCUGAGAAGCGGCUGACCUUCUGCGGGACCUUGGACUACGUGUCUCCUGAGAUGCUCUUCGGUGAGCCCCACGACCAGGGCGUGGACCUCUGGGCUCUGGGGGUCCUGCUCUUCGAGCUGCUCACCGGGAAGGCGCCCUUUUCCAUGCCCUCCAAGAAGGAGACCAUGGACAAGAUCUGCGCGGUGGACUUCACCUUCGACGUCCGCAUCUCGCCGGGCGCCGAGGAGCUGAUCCGCGGGCUGCUGCUCAGGGAGAGCUCUCGGAGGAUGCCGCUGCAGCAGGUCUUGCGGCACAAGUGGUGUGACGGCUUCGAGGCGCCCGUCGAGCUGGCGGUCGGGGACCUGUUCUUCGAGUCUUAG